AUGGAACCGACAGAGAACCAUGUCCCAGGCGAGCAAGCCACAGUCUUGUCCGAUCAACCUGCCUCGUCCAGGAAAUCGUACAGACGCAAGUAUCGCAAAAUUAUGGUCACAUUUGAGGAGAAGAUGAGGGAAGGCAACACCCUGUUUAAAGAAGAGCAGAGAAUCAUGGAUAUCUCGCUGAGGCUGGCCGAGCAGACUGACCAGCUCCUUCAGCUGCUUGUUGAACUCAAUUCCUGCCCCCAAGUGCCCCAAAGACUACGUUACGAUCUUCGGCCUCCCGGUGAGAGCCAUCCCGGUGACGAAACUGUGAAGCCAACUGUCUCUGAAGAAGACGCACAUUUGGAUCUGAGAAAGGCUAGGAGACAAUUACAAGCUGGAGAAGUCACUUUGGCUGGAUACAGAGAAAUCGAAGCCGCGCUCCUCAAGACCCGAGAAUUUGCACCAAGUCGGUCGUAUGCUUCACUGCUCUCAAAUGCGCCUACGCAUAGCCAUGCACUUGAUAAGAUGGACCCCAGCAAUGUUGCAUCUUGCUUACUGUCGACGAAACAAGAAGAGCAAUACCUGCAAGGUCUGGAUGCAUUCCUCGAGGGGACGGUGACCAAUCCCAGGCCACAUGUCGCCAACAGCCUGGGCAGUCGAAGCGUGGACAAGACAACAGAGCGCGAACGAGAAACACAACUAAGGAAUCCGGUGUCUGUCUACAACUGGCUUCGAAAGCACCAACCUCAGGUGUUCCUCCAGGACAAUGAGCCCAGUACAGAGAAGACGCCUCGAGCCACGGGAUCACGCAGUUCUACACGCAGGUCGGCAAACAAAGAUGCUCUCAAACAGGAGCAAGAUUACUAUGACGAAGACGGCUUUGCCUUGGAGAAUGGAGCAUCUUUAAGAGGGAAGAGGAAGCGAGACGCUGAUGGAGGAUAUCGACCCAAAGGGGGCAGUUCCAGAAGCGCCAAGCGCAGGAAGGAAACCAAAGAGGAUUCUGGCCGAAGCAAGCGGACCAAGAAGAUGUCAAUGGAUGCCAGAUAG